AUGGCUCUAAACCCUGAAUUCACUUUGGAAGAAGAUUUAUGUAAACCAAAUCAUCGCGAUGGAAUUAUGUUGUAUGUUCGAUAUGGAACUAUUCGGGAUAACGUUAAAGAAUUUAUGACAUUAGUUCGUAUUAUGGGUGAAAUACGAUUAAGGGGUGAAACUGACGCUGAAGUCUUAGAGAGCUCUAUUCAAGAAUGGAGAAGGCUAUUUUCAGCAAUUGUUCCAACAGAUUAUGCUUCUAAGGAUAUUCAAUUGUACAGGAAUCGAUCAGCUGAGAACCUUUACGGUUAUUCUGCUUCAGAAGCCCUUGGUCGGAAUGUUUUUGACCUCUUGGUUGAAACCAAAGAAGCCAGAGAAGACGCGACGCAUAUAUUGCACAAGAAUGCCUCGGGGGGAAGUUGGACUGGGACAUUCCCAGUUAAGAAUAACCAAGGAGAACGAAUUUUAAUCCAUAUUACCAAUACUCCCCUCUAUGAUGAUAAUGGUAGUAUUGCUGGGGUUAUCUGUGUAUCUGCUGAUUCACAGGACUUUCUCCAGAUACCGCCAGUUUCAUUUGAGGGAGUCGAUUCCGGCUUCCGCCAGCUGGUGGAGCUUGCACACUUGGAGGGGACGUACCCCCCAUCUCCGUUUGGUGUACCGUUCAAACCUGUCUCAGGCUUAGGAAAAAAAUUCGGUGGCGAGGAUGAAGGCAAAAUUGGGAUUCAUAAGAUUUGUACUUCUAUAGCAGAUUCCUGCUCCUGCACAACUAGCAACAAAAGCAUGCCAUAUGCAUGGAAAGGAAGUGAACGUGAUGGGUUGGUAGCAAGGACUACAUAUGACAUCUUUGCCUUCAUGAGAAGUAAACAAGAAAAUGAUGGCUUUGAUUGGCCAAGGAGUACUGAUUCCUAUGGUAGUAGCAGUCCUCUUAGUAAUUUUGGUACAGGAGCAGACUUAUGGCAUUAUGACAUCUUAUGGGAAGAGUUGACUGUCGGAGAACAAAUAGGACGAGGUUCAUGCGGAACUGUAUAUCAUGGAACAUGGUGUGGUUCGGACGUUGCUUUGAAAAUGUUCUAUAAAAUGGAGUACUCCACUGACCUGCUACACUCUUUUAGGCAAGAGUUGCCUCAACGAGGCACUUGUAACAUCGAUUGGAGGCGGCGUGUUCUCAUGGCUUUAGACAUUGCACGAGGGAUGAACUAUCUUCAUAGUUGCAAUCCUCCAGUUGUGCAUUGUGAUUUGAAGUCCUCAAAUCUGUUAGUUGAUAAUAAUUGGACUGUGAAGGUUGCCGAUUCUCCACUUAAACUAAUCCAAUUACUAAGUGAUCAUUAUGAAUUUUUAUUUGAUUAA